AGUCGACGCGUAUCGAGCGCACGUCAGUGUCAGUAGCCAGUUGUCAGGUGUCGGCCGCGGAGUACGCGCGUGUGUUCAGUGAAGUGCGCGGGGCUCCACCAUGGCUCUGCUCAGACGAUUAGCCGUCAACGCGCCCCGGGGCGCCCGCGCCCUCGGCUCGGCGCCGCCGCCAAUGCGCGACGAACUCGACCUUUCCUUCAGCAGCCCUAAAGAUGCCUUCAAGAGCAAGAAGACGAGCGAGCUGGUGCGGGCGUACCUCGUCUACCAGAUUUGCUCGGUCAACUGGCUCGUUGAAAACAACGACAUGCUGAUGAAACGGAUGCGGCAAGUGGUCGGGAAGAAGCUCUUCGAGAUGAUAAUGAAAGCCACGUUCUACGGGCAAUUCGUCGCUGGCGAAGACCAGAAUAAGAUCCGACCCACGCUCGACAGACUGCGAUCAUUCGGCGUCAAGUCGAUCCUCGACUACUCCGUCGAAGAGGACCUCUCCCAGGAGGAGGCGGAGAAGCGAGAAGUCAGCGCUUCAAUCUCCCAAAGCGGAGAUAAAGAGGAAGAGGGACAGCUGAAGCAGUACCAUGUGGAGCAGCGCUUCGCCGACCGCCGGUACAAAGUGCACAGUGCGCGCACGUACUUCUACCUCAACGAGGCGGCGUGCGAGAGGAACAUGGAGGCGUUCCUCAAGAGUAUCGAAGCUGUGGCCGACACCACGAAAAGCACCGGCCUCAUGGCGGUCAAGUUGACCGCGCUGGGAAGACCUCAGUUGCUGUUGCAACUGUCCGAAGUGAUCAUGCGCGCGCGCAACUACAUGCAGCAGAUCGUCGGCGGCAUGGGCAACGUGCUCACCCACCACAAGACCAUCGAGGACCUGCAGCGGUACUUCGGGGACCACAGCUCCAAGCCAGAGGUCCAGGAGUUCAUGAAGCAGAUGACCUCGGACAAAGAGGGCAUCGUGCAUUUGUUCCCCUGGUCGGGAAUCCUGGACAAGGAUAUGGGUCUGUCGGACUCGUUCCGUGUACCGGACCCUAAGACCGGCCAGAUGAGACGGCUCAUCUCACAGAUCCUGCCUAAGGAAGAGGAGAUGUUCCGGAACAUGCUCCGGCGGCUGAACCACAUCAUCCAGACCGCGAACGACGCCGACGUGCGAAUUAUGAUCGACGCCGAACAGACAUACUUCCAGCCGGCCAUCAGUCGCAUCUGCCUCGAGAUGAUGCGUCGGUACAACAAGGACAAGUUCCUCGUGUUCAACACGUACCAGACCUACCUGAAGAACACCUACAACGAGAUCCUCACCGACCUGGAGCAGGCCGAGCGGCAGAACUUCUACUGGGGCGCCAAGCUUGUCCGCGGCGCUUACAUCGAGCAGGAGCGCGCGCGAGCUGCGGCGAUGGGUUACGAGGACCCCACCUGUGAGAGCGUGGAGGCUACCACGGUGUCCUUCCACAAGUGUCUCAAGGAGAUCCUUUCCAGGGUCAAGGGCCGCGAGGGCAAGGCGUCCCAGCUGGGUAUCAUGGUGGCGAGCCACAACGAGGACACGGUCCGCUACGCCAUCGAGCUGAUGCAGCAGCACGGGAUCCGGCCCGGCGACAAGGUGGUCUGUUUCGGACAGCUGUUCGGCAUGUGCGACCAUGUCACCUUCCCGCUAGGUCAAGCCGGCUACUCGGCGUACAAGUACGUGCCGUACGGGCCCGUGAACGAGGUGCUACCGUACCUGUCGCGGCGCGCCAACGAGAACCGCGGCUUCCUCUCCAAGAUCAAGAAGGAGAAACGCCUCCUCCUCAAGGAGAUCGCGCGCCGCCUCCUCACCGGACAGAUGUUCUACAAGCCCGUCGGCAACUACAAGCCGGUGUAAAAACCACCUUAACACCUUGUGCUGUAGUCUAAUUUCCUUUGCGGAGUGUUUCGGUUCGAGUUGAAAGUAGUGUAACUCGGAGCGGAUUGUGAUAUGGAUCAUCGGGUUUGUUGUGAAGGUGGUUUAGGAUACUGGCCGGUUGGAAUGUCUAUGAGAGGCUUAAACGUCAACGUAACUAAACUUGUAUUAUAGUUGGCAACAUUGGCUCCUACGAAUAUAACAGUGGUGACAUCUGUAGUGAAAACAUAGUUGCAGGUGGCAAAACUACUAGCGCCAUCUAUAAGUAAAGGACGGUUUUAACCCCAUAAAAGUUACCGUGAUUUUUUUAAAGGUUUGACGUUUGCCUACCGAGAACUCAAGUGAGAUACUUAGAUAUUGACUUGUGCAUCUCACUCACGAUUAAAAUAAUUCAACGCGUUAGAAAGUGUAGAAAAAUGGCGGCUCGACACCGGCGGUACGGUUUUUGAGAUAUAAUGUUACUAGUCAACGUAAUGGAAACGGUCAGUAUUUUCGAAUAUCACCUUUAAUGUCAAUGUGUGAACGGGUCAAUUCAGCAGUACACGAGGAUAUCUGUAAAAUAAAGUUUACGUCGAAAUGGAUCAAAUUUAAUGUUGUUACAAAAGUGAAUGUACCCCGCUUGUCAUACCUAAUAGGAAAUUAAUAGUAUUUAUUUUAAUGCUUAAUUUAUUGUAAUAGGAAGGGUAAUCGACUUUACGUAGUCGAAACAAAGUCCAAAUGAACUUAAAUAGUUGUACAUGUCUUAUUUACAGGCAGUUGUAAUUACAAAAUCGGCGUUGUUUCUGUGCUAUAUUUAUAGGAGUUUUACAAAUGCAAUCAAUUAUGUGUCCUAUUACUGGCUCUUAGAGUCCUUGUUACUGUGUUUAAUUUGAAUGAUUGUCAUUGAAAUUUGUUCCAUUUCUUUUGUAUGAUGGUUCAUAUGAUUUUAGAUAUUAUGACUCGGUCUCAAGCAACGUUUUACAAUAACACUCACGAGUCUGGUGCAUGUAUAAACUUUGGUGACAUAUUAAGGCCUGUAUCUUUGAUAAAAUAAAGAAAAUAACUGUUUAUAUACAUAUCUAUUAUUUGAUAUCUUAUUUAUAUGUAUGAUAAAUAUAAAUUGUAUCCCUUUAUAUAAAAUCAAAAGCAUCGUAUAAUAUGUAUGUUUAUCAAAUUAGAAGAAUUGUUAAAACCGAUUUAUAUACUAUACAAAUUUAUAUCAUGUAAAAUACAUUGUUAUUUUGUUAAUAUAUAUUUAUACAUGUAUAGUAAGUUACUUGCCUUAAGAUAUCACCUAAAAGUGUGUCUGUAUGUUACUAGUAUAUCGGAGAUGUUAAACUUAUUAUUUAGACAAUAACGAAUUACGUAGAAAAUGAUGGAAAAUGAGAAGUGAUUUUUUAAAUGGCUUGUUUCCUUUUGGUAUUACUUACAAUUUAAAUUAUACCUCAGCUCAGAUACUCUUAAAGAGUUCUGUCUCACAAAAUCCGAAAUAAGCUAUUUUCAAAACCCCAAAAAUUAAGAAUGAUUUUGGCCUGCGUCCAUUAUGAUUAUAUUUUGAUUUAAUUUUGUCAAAACUACAACUCUAUAUAUAGUGUCGUAUAAUAUAUGCUGCGUGUUGCAGUUUUGAUAAAGUUGACUAACUGUUUAACUUAUUGUUUUAUUAUAAUUUAUUUUAACAGAUAACUCUCCUCGUAUUGUAAAUGUGUUUAGUUUUUUCUUGUUUAUUGUUGGUGCCGUUUGUGAAUCAUGAGGACUGCUUUAUUGAGUUGAGCUACUUUAAUAUUAAUUUCUCAAAUCUCUCGAUAACAUUAAAAUGUUGUUUAGCAUUCAUGUAAUUGGGAUUUUUCGCGCCACAUUUGCUUUUACCGACCCUCUUUUUAUCAGAAAAGGAUUUAAUAUUACCACCGGUAAGUGGCGCCAUCUGUUAAAGUAGCGCGCAGUUGUAAGUUUCUUUGCAAUAUUAGGCUAUAUCAAUGUCGCGUUUGAACAACUAUUUACUUAAAUCGAAUACGAAUGCAUUUCAUUGUGUUCCAGUUUAUAAACUAAGUUAGAAAUCUGAAUUUUCAUGUUAUUUAUUAUGUAAAUUAUGUACCUAAUAUAGAUAGCUGGCCCAAUGAAUUGUCCUAUUUUCCGAUAAUAUGGGUUAUAUGCAAGCGAUGCUACAUUUCUUUUAAAGAUUGUAAGCUACAAGUGGUCUUAAGUUUCUUGAGCUGGAUUCGAUAUUUAAAACUACUGUUAGGAAUAGGAAAAGUUACAUCUUUGUACAAAAAUGGUGGCAAAAAACGAAAAACAUGCUUGUUUUAAGUUUUACGAUUUGUUCGCUGUUAUAACCCAUAUUUAAGGCGAUAUCUAAGGCACGAAAGGCUUGCAAAUUUUAUUAUUUGCAGAGCACUUUUAUAUUCUCCUAUUGCCACCUCAAAUCAGUUCCUACUUCAUUGAUUUAGGUUCAAUUUUAUUUGAAAUUAUUUGUUUUUAUUUUGCUUUGUAAAAAUAUUGUUAAGUUGCAAAGCCAUAUGAUUACAAUCGAAAUAUCGGCCUCGACGUAAGUAAUGACAUAUUUAGCACAAGUAUUUGAACCCGUAAAGGAUACUUAUAAAUAUAACAUAACACCUAUAAAUAUAACAACAGGGCUCCACGUACAAGAAAUAUAAUAUUAUAUGGUUGAAAAGUUGAAAGCAGUAGGUAUGCUGCAAAUCAUAACUUUUGCAUAUAUACAAUAUGUGUCCUAAGUUACCUCCUCGGGGCACACCAUCUUUACUUUAAUGCAAAUGGAAACUUACUUACUUUUUCAAACAAAAAUAUAUAAUGAAGUGAAAGGGAUCAUGAAUACUUGAAUAGCCCUAUAAUAUAUAUCCCUUUAGAGAAUAAAAAAGUUUGAUAUAAUUAUCUUGGAUUUUUGUGUGAGUGCCCAAGUUCAGUGUCCAAUGCCUUGAAUAAGUCCAAUUUAUGUAGGUUAAAGAACUUGUGCAAACUAUAUGAAAUUAUCGAAUCUCAUUGCAUUUUCAGUAUUAAAGUUUACGUCGGGGUUUUCUAAAUUUGUUAAUUUCGUAUUAUGUUGUUUAAUUCGAUUUAUUUGUAAGCGGUUUUACGUUCUUUACCGUCGAUUAUCAUAAUUGUGAUGCUAUUUUUAGAUUAUUUUACGAAUAGACAUUUAAUAAAGACAUAAGCUCGUUUUGAUAAUUUAUUUUUAUUUUAAUCCUUUCUAUUAUUUAUUAACAUUCAUUAUUUUCAACACACUAACCAUACCUUGCAUUAUAAUAGUGUAAACUUUGCAUCAUAGUACCUAUGGAAGUCCUAUUGACUGUAAAACGUGUGCUCAUUUCUACUGCAUUUACAAAGAAUCCUUCAAAGAUCUCUUCCUAACUUUAACCUUUUCGCCGCCAUUGACUUUGUUAUAAAGUCAGUACAUUUCUUGCCUCACACGCCACGACUUCAUAUCAAGUCGUGCAAUUUUUGACAUGGCUUUGAUGACGCUUUAUUACUUCAUUGAGGUGGCUGCGAAAAGGUUAAUGGUAAAACAAAUGCGUUGCAUGGUAAAACUAAACUGACUCGAGAAGUCCAACUGAUCAACCAAUUUUUCCAAUAAUGUUGCACAAUCCUGAACAACACCUGAUGUCCUGUUAAUGAAAUAACAAAGCUACUCGAGAUUACCUUAAAUUUGAUAAUUAUUGAAAUAUCGGGGUCGGUAUGAAGAAGUUUAUUUUACUUUUGAGUAGGAUCUACUCAUCAUUGAGCAAGAUGGAAAACAUGACAUCCAGGUAAUUUUCCAUAAAUUAAAUUUAAAUUACUUCUAAUAGAGUAAACAUCGAUAAUUUGCUACUCAAAACUGCGAUAGGUGGCUUCCAACUUACAGAAUUGUCAUCAUUAAUUAAUUGAAUUUGUUAACGUUUGGAGCCAACGUAAGGUAGAUUUAUCCGAAACCUAGAAAAUGUUUGAGUAAAGUUUAGACUUAUACUGUUGGGAAAACGCCUAAAUUAUUUGUGUAAAGUAAGUAGGAGUAAGAAUUGGUUUUCUUCUGAAAUGUGAAGAAAACUGAAUUCCCCACACCGACCCUGCAUAACAUAGCAAUGAGUCAUUAUUGCAGACAAUAAUAGUAAUAUUUACUUGUAUGUUAUUGUCAUUAUCGGUCCAUGUUGAUUGGUAUAACAUAUUUACGCCCUUUUUCAAAACCGAAUAUUAAAAUAAAUGUAUGUAAGUUUGUUAUUUAACAAAGAAAUCAAUUCUAAGCUUUGUUUGGGAAUUCUUGAUGAAUAUCACAUAGCUUUUCUUUCGUUAUAUUCUCGAAAGAAAAUGCGUUAAUGUAUCACGAUAUUUGGCAUGGCGUUUUAAUACUAGUUCAAAGUUUGAUGAGGAAUUGAUGAAAAUUUCCUUGGUAAUAAGUCAUAAAUGUAAUGGUUAAUUUCAAAAUUGUCGCAGAUCGGGACAAACUGUAUUAUAAAAUAUUUAGAAAAUAUAUAAUAUAUAGAGCCUGAGGCCCGAAACAUGUCUGUGAAAAAUACAAGUGAGUGUAACCGUUGUAUAAAUAAUUUAAAAUAUGUCUCAUGAAACUUUAAUUUCGAAAACUGUAUUAUAUCUCAUGGAUGAAUUAAAAUAUCCAACACUGCCGAAUGAAAAUAUCCAACACUGUUGGAUCAUUUCACUAAUAUAUUCGUUUUUCAGGUUUUACCUUUUCGACGCCGGCGCCGUGUCAAAAACAAAAGAUGUCACGCGGACACCACGUCACCGAAAUGUCAAAACUUAAAUUGAACUUUAUGCAUAUGCACGUAGGUCUAUGUUGCUCUGUGGUCUGUGACCGUUUAAUCGGCCCUUGGCGUUGAACGUGCGGUGCGGAUGUAUCGGUCAUUGGCGUCCAAAAGGUUAAAUCACCGGCUAUCGAAGGCAUCGAAGCGCUUGCAUUUAGAGUUAGGUCCUUAGCGGCUGUAGGCUUCUAUAGCGUUAUUAUAAGAUAUCGGGUUUGGAAAAGGGCAUUAACUAGAUAUUUGAGAAAUAAAGACGUUUAAUGUUGA